CAGACUGAAGCCAAGCAACCCUGUAUGUUGCCUUCUGCAAUGACCGGCAGACAUACACAGCUGCAGAAAAGCAGCCUUUUCCCAUGAAGCCGGGUCCUACGACAACUAUGUCAAGCAAGAAUAGUUCCAACAGUCCACCUUCUACGACAACAGUUAGUUCCGUCUUUGUCCAGGCUGGGGAUUGCAGAAUAGUCAUAGCUAUACUUAAGUGUGGAAAAUGGGUAGAGCUCCAGUUGUCUGAGUCGGUACCAAAUUUGUUAGAAAUUGGCGGCAAUCAGGAAGAGACCAAAAAAUUAUUACAGGAUCAUGAACUCAUCUUGUCUAAGCUUAAGCCUCUGGAAGACCAAGUUCGGGACCUGUUACGCGAAGCAGACAAAACGGCGGAAGAAAACAAAGAUCAAGAAGAGGUGUACGAUGCCAUGGCGGAGACACUGGGAGAUGCUUGGGAUUCCCUUGUCAUUGUUCUAGAGAAGCGCAGGGAACUUUUGAAACUUACUGCCGAUUUUUUUGAAAAGGCUCUGGAGUUUGCUAUUAAAAUCGACCAAGUUGAAGAUUUCCUGCAGAAUUCCCAAGAGUUUGAGAAUCCCGAAUCUUUGACAGCACUUCUGAACCAGCAUGAACGUCAUACCAAAGAGCUGUUAGAGAAAUCACUGCUCCUCUUAAACAAGAGCCACGACCUUACCGAAUUCAUAGAGGAAUUCAAGGCUGAUGGGCCAAACGUAAACCCAGAAUUUAUUCAGGGGGCCCGCAGCAGCUGCCUGAAAAUUGAUAAUCUCCUUGAAGUUCUACAAGACAGGAGAAGGCAACUGGAUAAAUUCUUGAAGUUGCAGCGCCAAGGACUGGAGCAAGUUUGGCAAAUCUGUCAGUGGCACCAGAGGGAAAAUCAGGUAACUUUUUGCUACAAGAAGAAUGUAAAAGAUUAUUUACAUAAGGAAAACUUGGGGUCAAAUUUAAAAGAAAAUGAAGAGUUACUCCAGGAACACAAGGAGAUGGAAAUUCAGGUUAAGGAAUGGAAUUGCACCGUAGAGGACUUGAAGUCCGAUGCACUCAAGAUCCUGCUAUCAGAGGAAUAUGCAGAAAAAGAACAUCUCAAGCUUUCGAAUCAGAAAAUAAAUCUGCUGCAACAGGAGGUAAACCGUCACAUGGAGGAAAAGAAAACCUUGCUACAGGAAAGCAAUGACUUCUUCAGGGCAGCUAACAAGACUGAUAAUGUUCUUGGAAAUGUUGAGGCUUCCCUAAAACUUUUGAACUCUGAAAGUUUAAAUUUGCCUAUCUUGGCACAAAAGUAUGAGGAAUUGCAGAAAGAAAUUAAAGAUGGAUCAGAAGAUACCUUGCAGAAAGGACAUGCCUUGCUUAGUAAAGGCAAUGCCCACAGUUCUUGGUUUACUCGAAUUCAGGAAACGGUAGACUGCAUCCAGAAAAGAAUAGAUCACUUGAGCAGACAGUGCCCUGUUAACAAAGAACUUGCCUCAAAAAAGCAGCAGUUAACCACCAGCUUAGAAGAUUACCUUCAGAAGGCCUCUGUGAAGAUCAAAAACAUUAGUCCAAUACUCUCAGUUGGCGUGAAUCCUGGAUCAUCUGCACCUGAAUCAGAGAAAGUUAUGAACCAGUAUUUAGAACUGGCAAAUCAAACUAAGGAGAUGGCACAUGAGCUGGAAUUAGCUGUGAGAAUUGUUAAGGAGAUGGAAGAAUUUGAAACUACCGAAGCGGAAGCUUUUUCUAGCAAAACAAAGCUUCUGAAUGAAGAACUGGCAACUCUUAACAAAAAUAUUAAUUUGAAACUGGAAAUCCUGAAGCCUUAUGUGACAUUUUUAAAGUCAUCAAAUGAGAUUGGUGGCGAUGCUCUGAAGCUGAAAGAAUUCUAUACAUCCGAGCCUGUGCAAGAAGACAUUGAGGCUAAAAAUGAGACAUUGAUGCAGUCAGCUGAAAUGCAAUGGCAGAUGGUUUUAAAGAAGAUUCUUUCCACUGAAGAUAUAGGACACGACUUUUUAAAUUUAGUAAACAUGGUAAAUGAGAAUCUAAUACUAAAUGUGGAAAAUGUUGUACAAGUAACAGAACAAGCUAUUGCUGUUCUGAACAAAGAAAAGGACGAGUUGACAUGCCUUUGGACAUCAUGGAAACUUAACACGAGUCAAGUGAAAUCCAUCAAAGAACAGUGUGGGAAAUUUAAUGAGCAAUUUAAAACCACCACACAAAGCUUAAAUGCUCUCCAAGAGUCACUCCGGUCCACUGCGGCACUUGAUCUUGGAAGCAACCUUUCUGUGCUCAUAGAGCUGCAAAAUAAAUUUAACCAAAUGAAACCACAGUUUCAGCAACUUAACGCUGAAGUGGAGUAUACAUUAAAGUUAUCAGAACAGCUGAGUUCGAAAGGAGUCCCUGACAUGGAAAAGUCUGAGAAAGUAAGUGAGCUCAUUCAUCUCCAUAAGGAGAUAAAGGAAAGGAUUGAAACAUACGAUGAAAUUUUCAACAUGACAGUGAAGUUCCAUUAUGCGAAAGAGCAACUUGAAAGUCUCAUAAAAUCUGGAGGAUUGGAGGUCCUAGAAAUUAAAGAGGUGCCCAGUGACACGUCCCAUGUCAAGACCCAUCUGAACAAUGCUCAGGAGAAACAUGCACAAAUCAGGCAGCUGUACAAACUGGCACUCACGCUUGGAAUGGAUAUAAUUUCGACAGUGCAACAUCCGAAUCCCUUUAACGUUUCUGUAAAGAAUCUGCAGCAGCAGCUGGAGGCACUUGAGUCUGGCAGUGUUAACUGGGGUUUAAAAGCGGAUAAGUACGAGGAAGAGCUAUCAAACGUUCUCCAUUUCUGCACCACGAGAGACGAGAUUCAUGAGCUCAGGGAAUCGUUUAAAGAUCUCAAAAAGAAAUUCAACAACAUGAAAUUCAACUAUAGCAAGAAAACAGAGAAAGCUCGAAAUCUGAAGGCUCUGAGAAUUCAGAUUCAGCAAGUUGAUGUGUAUUCCGAAAAAAUGGAGGUUCUGAGGAAGAAAGUGGGGAAUCUAAAGAGGAAAACCAUAGAGUGUUCAACAACUCAGCCUUCAGACAGAGCCACCGUUCUCUCUGAGUCAAUCCAUGAAUUAGAGAAGCAGAUCUGGGAAUUUGGCAAGAUCAUGGAAGAUUACAAACAAAAUUUAGAUCUGAUGGAGCACCUGCAGCAGAUGAUGGAAGAGUGUCAGUUUUGGUCUGAAGAUGCAAGUGCGACUGUAGUUAGAGUUGAAAAAUAUUCCGUAGAGUGUAAGACGCGAGAAGCAGUAGAAACUCUCUCCAGGCAAUUCAGCAAGUUCAUUGAACCUACAGUCCCUCAACAAGAAGAAAGAAUUCAGCAGAUUACCAGCCUUGCUAAAGACUUAUUCGGUUUUGAAGAUGGAACGAAGUACAUUGAAAAAAUAAUAACAAAACACAAAGAAGUCCUCCAUUCUAUCAGUGAACUGUGUAGUUCCUUAAAAGACCUUCAAAACCGGCUUGGGGAAGACCAACAAAAGCAGAAAUCUCCAAAUUAUGAUGAAGAACAAAAAACAGAACGAGAGAGGCAGAAACAGAAGAUAGAUAAGGAUAGUAUAAAAGAAAAGGAAAAUGAACCAAAAGAACAGAUGGACUUGCUAGCUGAAAGCUCCAUUAUAACGAAGACAGAAAAUUCUAACACAGCUGUCUCUACCAGUACUAUAAAGGAAGAGAAGAUACUGGCUGAUACUUCGGUGAGCUUUCCUGCUGGCGAGGAUCCUGUUUCACGGGAUGCCGACCUGCUGUCUCUUUCCAAAGAAGAUAGCUUUCAGGCAGAGCUGCUGGCAGAAGAUGGACCCUCUGGAGACGAAUACGAGUGUAUAUCCCCUGACGAUAUCUCUUUGCCACCACUUUCUGAGACGCCAGAAUCCAACCUUCUCCAUUCUGAAACAGAGCUGGAAGAGCUACCUCCCUGCUCCAGCUCUCCUGCUCUGCAUGUCAGCUCCUAUAGCGUGCAAAUGCCGAUAAAUGCUGGCAGUAAAAGAAUGAGAGAUGAAUCCGAUCCCUUAACCUUUUCCGCUUACGCUGACACGCCUGGUCACAGAAAGGAACAUGCCUCCAAUCAGCCAGGAAGGUUCUCUUCCUCUACCCUAAGCCAUCACCCGAAGUGCAAAACGGAAUCCCCUUUCACUCCCGGUUCACCCGAGAUGCCUGACGCCAGCACUGUUCCCUGCACGCCUAAGACAGGGCCUGCCUACUGCAUGCGGAGUGAAGUGUGCGAGACGAGUUGGCAAAGCCACGAGGUCCGCAGAAGCAUGCCUGGAGCGCAGGGACAAUUGCAUGACAUAAAUAACUGUACUAAAACCCAGGAUAGGCUGCAUGCUUCACCGGGUGCAUUCUCAGGUCUCCUGUUUCAAUCAGAUGCCACCCGAAGCUGUCAGAGGCAGAUGGUCACCAGAGAAGAGAUUAAAAGUGUAUCUGAAAAGAACAGCAUGGUCAGCCUCUCUGGACAGGCGCCUAACUUCUCCAAGCUUCUGUCUAAUGUAACUGUCAUGGAAGGCUCUCCGGUGACUUUGGAAGUAGAAGUAACAGGAUUCCCAGAGCCUGCAGUGACCUGGUACCAGAAAGGCCAGAAAGUGAGCGGAGAUGAGCGCUUAAAGCUCUCACACAAGGCUUCAGAGUACGCUUUGUUCAUUCAGAAGGUGUGUGCCACAGAUGCGGGCCUCUAUGUGGUUCGGGCUAACAAUUCUAAUGGCACGGUCUCCUCCAGUGCCAUCCUCCGUGUGAAAGGUAACGGGCCGCCUAUACAAAGAAUAGACUGGAUAAUAUUGUGUGCCCUGUACUUGACUGUAUCACUUGCCUACCGGCUGUUUGCUUAG